GUACUCAGUAACGAAUACAUAUGGAUUUCUACAGCUCUAGAUUUCGCCCUCCGCUAUAUAUUUUCAUACAGCAUAGUAGCGAUUCAUGGAGUCAAAGAUACGCCGAUAUGUAUAAAAUAAUAUCACAAAAAUAGUGUCAGCAACAAUGCAUGAGGAAUAUUAAUUACGAAAAUUAAAGGAGAUUGCGGGGAAAAAAUAAUUAUUAUACAAUAUUAAAGGAAUAGUGAUAGUGAUUAAAAUUUUAGUUUUUUCUUCUCAAAUGGAGAAUAUACUGAACGAAUAGAAUGCUACAUGUAGAUAUAUAUUAAAAAUUUUGUAUUUUGAGACAUCAAAAAAAUUUAUAAAUUGUGGUAGAUUGUUUUUCGGUAUUGUGCUGUACUGAAGGAGUUGAGUUGUUUGCUUACAUUAAAGGAAAAUUUCCUAUGGAUCGUGGUUCAGUGUAUUAAAAUAAAAUAGAAGUAUACAUUUCCAAAAAAAAAGAAAAACUACCACCCAUAAGAAGAGGAGCUCAAAAAUGUUGAACGGAAUGAGCAUUAUAAGUAAGAUGUGUAUGACGUUCUACUUGCUGCUGUUAUGUUGCGGGUUGAUAACCGGAUCGUCGCAUACAUCCCUUAAAUAUCAAAUAAGCUCAUCCAUUGAAAACGACGAUGAUUACUUAUCUCAGAAAGAAAAUGUUUUGGAGAAAUCCUAUCAUGGGUUAAUACGUGAAAAUGAAACUUUAGUUGAAAUAACACCACUAAUAAAAGUAGAUGAGCAAAAAAUUUGCAAUUUUCGCAUAAUAAAGAAACCAUAUCAUGAAAUACCUUUUCUGGUGUGUAUAAGAUAUAUUUCCUUUAAUUUAAUAAAUUGCAACCAUGUGUUUGCGUAUUUUCAGAUCGAAUUAGUAAACAAUUUAGGGAUUCUAAAGGUACGCCGGACUUUGAAUUGUGAAAAGCGAAAGAGUUAUCAUUUUGAGAUAAUGGCUAUUUUCUGCGAUGGAACCCACUCAGGCACGGCCAAUGUCCAUAUAACAGUUAUUGAUAUUAAUGAAUACGCACCAACAUUUUUGCAGCCUUCAUAUGUUACUGCGGUCGACGAAGGACGCCUAUACACGGAGAUUAUCCGUGUGGAGGCGAAGGACAAGGACUGCACACCCUUAUUUGGGGAUGUUUGUAAAUAUGAAAUCCUCAACAAUGAUCAACCUUUUAUAAUUGAUAAUGAAGGAUCUAUAAAAAAUUUCGAGCCGUUAUCGCACAAAGCCUCACAUAAUCAUAUUUUGUCAGUGGUUGCUUACGAUUGUGCCAUGAAGGAGUCGGCGCCAAUUUUGGUGAGCAUUAAAGUCCGUCGAGUUUGUGAGGCGAAAUUCUUGGGAAUUCCGGAACGUAUAGACUAUGUGGCGUCGUCGGCAGAAAGCGUGUUCCUGUUUCCAAAUGCGCGUCUUGAACUCUGCGACAUGUUUUGCAGCACUCGUAACUUGAACAUACACACAUCUGUUGCCUUGAAGACAAAACACAUUUCUUUCGGUUGUGAUCGUGAUAUCAAUAAUUGCUCAACUAGGCUCUCGCUCAUUAAUUUGCUGCCUCGCAAUUCGGAAUGGACGAAGGAUCUAAACUAUGACGAAGGCUUCGAGCCUGUCUUUCACUUCGAUGGAUCAACAGGUGUAAUCGUACCCGAUUCAGUAAUUACUCACCACGACUUUUCGACACGUCCUUUCAGUAUAGUGACAAUUUUCAGACACUUCAGCGUUCCCACGAAUAAUAAACACAUUAAGGAGCACAUAAUUUGUACCGCUGAUGAUCACAAAAUGAACCGGCAUCACAUGGCAUUGUUUGUUCGGAAUUGUAGGUUGAUUUUACUAUUGCGUAAAAAUUUCAACGAAGGUGAUCUAAAUAUAUUCAGUCCGGCUGAGUGGCGCUGGAAGAUACCACAGGUCUGUGACAACGACUGGCAUCACUAUGUGCUUAAUGUUGAUCAAAUGGCUAAGGUAGAGUUGUAUAUUGAUGGUGUACGAUUUGAAAGUUCUGUUGAGGAUCGCCACAGCAAUCCCGAAGUGAUAGACGAUUGGCCGUUGCAUGCUGCACAUGAUGUUAACACAAGACUGGCGGUUGGUGCCUGCUAUCAAAGUUCGGAGAACCGUUUGAAACAUGGAUUUAAUGGAGACAUUUCUGAGAUUAAAGUAUCGUUGAAUUCUUUACUUUCAAUGGAAGACGUGCGCUGCGGAGCGAAUUGUGCUGAACAUUUACUUCCACCACCCGAAGGCUUGCAAGAAGCUGAUUCGCAGAUCUUAAUCAAUGCACAAAUGAAUGAAAUUUACAUAGAAGGACAAAACAAGAUUAAUGUAGAAAAAUUGCUUCAGAAAAUUCAAUAUAUUAACACUAAAAACAAUCCCACGAUUGGCCGGCGAAAUAUUGAGGUUCGCACUACUAUGAUGUGCAUUAACCAAAGUUCCACACGUCUUCCCACAAUUGAAACAUACAUAAUGGUUAAUGAGCCCAAUCAGUUGAUACUGCCGGAACAAGCAUUUGACAGUAGUCUUGUUUCCUAUAAUAGUGCCAUGAAUGCCGGUGAAUUUAAAUUAACGUUGGUCACCGCCUCUCCAUUUUCUAAGUCUUCACUUAUAAGUAGCAGGCCUAAUGAUAUAGCCGACCAGAUGCCGCACAAGCUUACAGUAAUUAAUAUUGGGGAAAAGGCAAAAAUUGUAAUCAAUGGUAACACAAACAACUUAGUUUCAUAUCCGGAAAUAAAACGCGGUGUACACAUCCUUGGCAAAAUAAAUAUAACUGUUGUUAAUGAAAACAAUAAAAUCUUGCCAAGCAUGCAAAAUUUAGACUCCUGUAGUGUCAUCGUGUUUCCAUCGUUAAAUCCUGAUCAUGAGGAAAUUCAAGUGGAUGGCGAUGAGUCACUUUCUUCAACAUUAGAAAUUAAGACUAACAUCAAUAAAGACGGUGUUGAAAUGAUUGGAAAUGAUGCCAUUUUCAAUUAUUUAGAUGUCUUGAAUGCACUGGUUUACAGUAAUAAAAAACCGGCUUAUUAUCUGAACCGUGUAUUCAAAUUAUCUUGCACACAGUUGAAUUCGGAAUUCAAGAACCAAGAAUUUACACUCACUUUGACGGUGUUACAUCCCAAACAACUACUUAAGACAACCACAGCGCCAACAUCGAAAGUAGUUGCAUCGGAGAGCUCACCAUAUGGGAUUAAUAGUGUAAAUGGUGGUACGUCGGGACCGACAUAUCAAGAUAACAGACUCUUCGCUCAUGCAAUGAUACAUUCUCACGACGUACAAGAGCCUAAAGUACAUGUUAAUUCUAUUCUUCAUAAAGCUGAGAACUCACAUCCGACAAUGUUAAUUGUUUUGAUUUGUGCAUUUUUGGUAUUCUUGUUAUGUGGUGUAUCCAUUGCUCGUUUAAAAAAUAACAAUCUCAAAUAUUCGAAUAGACAUCAGCAUUGUCCGAAGAUUGCUGAUGAGAGCUUAGUCUGGGACGAUUCUGCGUUGACGAUCACUAUAAAUCCAAUGCAAGCAGAAAUAGCUUCUGAAGAUAGCUCAGAUUCUGAAAACUCUGAUUCUGAAGAUGAAGAAGGUAACAAAUUUCUUAAGUGAUAAAAUUAACUAGUACUUGGUUUAUUGAAGCACCAAUACUAAUCAAGAAUUAGUCGCUGGCGUAUGACAUAAAAGUAAUGUUAAUAAGAACGCAAUAUUAUGCAGAAGCUCAUGAAAAUAGGUUUUGUUAAAAGCUCGUAUAACUUUAUCUAACCUCUAUUCUAUAUUUUACGUUUGUAGCAUAUUCAUAAUCGUAGAGCAUUUAAAAUGUAGAAUUGUUUUCAAUUUCGAAAAGCCUGUUAGAACCUCACUAUAACUACCAUAAAAACACUCUAUUAGUAGGACUAACUUUAUUAUGAAUGUUGUUAUGAAUAAAUAUAUUUCACUGUA